AUGCCCGUCGGAAUCAAUCAGCCGUCUAACCAGAUCAAGCUCACCAAUGUAUCCCUGGUGCGCAUGAAGAAAGGCAAGAAGCGCUUCGAAAUCGCCUGCUACAAGAACAAGGUCCUUGAGUGGCGCACCAAGAAUGAAAAGGAUCUCUCCAACGUGCUGCAAAUCGAAAACGUCUUCCUCAACGUCUCAAAGGGCCAAGUCGCGCCCAAAGCCGAUCUCGAAAAGGCCUUCCCCAAGAAGUCGCUCGAGGAGAUUAUCAUAGAUAUCCUGGAUCAUGGAGAACUUCAGGUAGGCGAGAAGGAGAGAAAUGCCGAACUCGAGCGCACCAAGAAUGAGGUCAUCGAUAUCGUGGCGGGAAAACUCGUAGACCCCAAGACGAAGCGCGUAUACACGACAGGCAUGAUUGAAAAGGCGCUAGAUCAGCUCAGUUCGGCCGCCGCAACACAGCAGGGAGAGAAGGACAAGGGAGAGAGCAAGGAAGAUGGCGAGGACAAGGGCAAGGCAAAGGAGCUGCCAAAAUGGACUGGCAUUGUUACCAACAAGUCGUCCAAGUCGCAGGCACUUUUUGCUAUGAAGGCGCUCAUUGCGCACCAGCCCAUACCCGUCGCCCGAAUGCAGAUGAAGCUGCGCGUUACAUGCCCUACGUCCGUCCUCAAGCAAGCCAUUAAAACCGCACCCAAAGCGCAACCCGGUACCGAGGAAAAGGGGUCAAGCGGAACAGUCAAGGAUGCGAUACUGGGCUUCAUGGAGAAGAUUGAAAGCCAAGAUACUCUGGGUGCUGAGUGGGAGGCAGUGGGUCUAGUCGAGCCCGGAGCUUUCAAGGGCUUGAACGAACUAAUCGAGGGCCAGACAAAGGGCAGGGGCAAUGUAGAGGUCCUGGAGAUGGCUGUUGGCGCCGACGAGUGAGUGAUGACUCGAGACACACGCCUCGCGCAAGACGCCCGUCCUCACGUGUACCGCACAAGAGACAAACAGUCUAGGAACAGCGCUCAUGUCCGCCGAGAGAAAAGCGCUUGCCCCUUUCGAAUUGCAACGCGCACGACAACUACCGCCUCGUCACCCCAGGAUGGAUAGGGUGUACCACUGCCCCAUCAUUGCCCAGCGCAACCAUUCGUAGAGCCUAUCGAAGCGAUUCAUAUGUGUAUAUCUGCAUACACAGCACAUUGCCGUUCGUAGGCAUAAAACUAGCUUUCCAAGAUAAUUUAGACAAGCCUU